AUGAACAAUACGUUUAAGAUAAAUAAGAAGCGAAGAACAGUAUACGAGUCAUAUAAUAUAAUAAAUAUAGCUAAUAAAAAACGAUACAUGUGUAAUGAUAAUAAAAUGGAUAACGAUAAUAAUAUUAUUAAUGAAAAAAAAUAUUUUAAUAAUUCUUCUUCAAUAAAAAAUACAGGAAAUAAUUAUAAGAAUGAUAAUAUUGAUAAAUCGUAUGAUAUGUGUGAAAGAAGAAGUAUGAUGGAUAGAGAAGAAAAUAUAUAUAAUAAUAAUUAUAAAAAUAAAAAUAGAAAUAAUUAUAGUAAUAAAAAUAAUUAUAGUAAUAAUUAUAAUAAUAAUAUAAACCAUAUGGAUAAUAGAAGAAAUACUUAUAAUCAUAAGGGAGAUUUAGAUGGAAGAAAACAAUAUUUAAGCAACAAACAUUAUGAAUCAAAAAAUGAUAAUGAGACUUCCUAUAAUUUAAAAAAGUAUAAUUUUAAUAUCCCCCCAAUUAAAUAUAAUAAUAAUGAUAGACAGAAUAUAGAUAAUAACAUAUAUAAAUUUUAUGAUGAUAAAAAUGAAAAAAAAAGUAACAACACACAUUCUUAUGGUAACAACUUUAAUAAUGAAUUUAAUACACUUAAUGAUCCUAAACAAAAUUAUAUGUCUUAUGAAUCCCAUAAUAUAACACAAGAUGGUCAUCCCAUAUAUAAUCAUAAUAAUAAUAAUAAUCAUAAUAAUGAUGGUAGAAUAAAAAAUAGAAAAGAUAUGUCGUUAUCAUCGUAUGGUUAUAAUAAGAUAAGUAAUGAUAAUUUAUCAAAGGAAAAUACAUCAUAUAUAAACAAAUACAAUAAUAGCGGUGGGGCAAACAGAUAUGUAAUCAACGCACAACAUAAUAAUAAUAACCAACAUAAUAAUAAUAACCAACAUAAUAAUAAUAACCAACAUAAUAAUAAUAACCAACAUAAUAAUAAUAACCAACAUAAUAAUAAUUUUAAUUAUCAUAACUAUAAAAAUGUUAAACCAUAUCAGGAUAAAUAUAAGAACGGAGAUACAUUUAAAUUCUCUGCAUACAAUGCAGAACAACAUGAUAAUAUGGAUAAAAAUUAUUAUGAAGAUAUUCACAAAAAUAAUAUGAAGCAUAGUACUAAAGGUGAUACAGCUAUUACUUUUAAUGGUCAGAAGACGUUUGGAAGUUUUAGAAAUAAGCAAAUGAAACAAAAAAAAAAGUUCCUUAAAAAUAAAGAAAGGGGCUCAUCUAUUAAUCGUCAUGGUAUGCAUAAUAAUAAUAAUAAUAAUAAUAAUAAUUAUAAUAAUUAUUAUUAUGGUGAUGAUGUGGAAAGGAGAAAUAAUAGAAAUGAAAACUGGUGUGAAAUAAAUUCCAAUGAACUAUAUGAAAAGGAUGGUGAUAUGCCUAUAUAUGAUGCAAAUGAAAAUUCAAACUUAAGAAAAAUGAUUUAUAAAAACGAGAAGAAAGAAAAGGAUAAAAUAAAAAUAUUAUUAACAGAAGAUAAUGUAAACAAUGUUCAAAGUAAUAUAGAAAAGUUAUCCAUAUAUAAAUCAAGGAAUGAAAUAAUAGAAAUGAUUGAAAAGAAUGAUGUAACAUUUAUAAAUGGAGAAACGGGUUCAGGAAAAUCUACGUGUGUACCUAAAUUUUUAUUAGAAGAAAAUAUACGAGAAAAUAAGAAAAUAAAUAUUAUAGUAACUGAACCAAGAAGAAUAGCAUGUAUAGCAUUAUCUAAAAUAUUAUCAGAGUUAACAAAUGAAAAAUUGGGUCAAAAAAUAGGAUAUAGAAUAUCUGGAGAAUCAUUAUAUGAUAGUGAAAAGACUGUAAUAACAUAUAUAACUAUUGGUUAUUUAUUUAAAUUAUUUUUACAUCAUAAAAAUAUGUAUAAAAAAUUUACACAUGUUAUAAUAGACGAAAUACAUGAUAGAAGUAUAUUAUUAGAUAUUGUAUUGUUGUUUAUAAAAUUAUAUUUACAUAAUAAACAGAAGGAUGAACAAAUGUUUAAAUUAAUUAUUAUGUCUGCAACAAUGCAAAGUAAUUUAUUUUAUUCCUAUUUCGAGCACCCAAAUAUUAAAAUGGGUUCUAUAUUUAUAGGUACCAAAAUUUAUAGUAUCGAUACGUUCUAUAUAGAGGAUAUAAUAAACUACACAAGAUAUGGUAGUAGAAAAAUAAAUGAUGAAAACAAAAUAAAAGGUGAUGAAAAAGUAAAAAGUGAUGAAAAAGUAAAAAGUGAUGACAAAAUAAAAAGUGAUGACAAAAUAAAAGGUGAUGACAAAAUAAAAAGUGAUGGUAAUAACAAUUUCGUUAAAGAAAGUGUUAUCGAUUUCAUCCUUCGAAGAAAAAAUUGUAAUAAAAUAAACUUAUCAAAAAAUUCGGAGAUGUUAUUAUAUAAAAUAAAGAGUGAAUAUGACAAAAAUAUACAUAUGUUUAAUAAUAAUAAUAAAUAUUGUAAUGAUAAAAAUAAGGACUUGGAUGUAGAUGAGAUCAUUCCAGCAAAUGUCUUUUCUAAUAUAUCUAAUUUAUGUUUAGAAUUGGUUUAUAAUUUAUGUUUGAAAGGGGAUAGUGUUAUUAUAUUUUUAUCGGGAAUGCAGGAUAUAACGGAUAUGUAUCAUCAAUUGAGCAUGAUCAUAAAUAAUAAUAUCGACAAUCCAUCCGACAGUAAUAUUAACAUAAAUAAUGUGAAUGGUGGGAAUGAUGUGAAUAAUAUGAAUAAUAUGAAUAAUAUGUACAAUAUGAAUAAUAUCCACAAUAUGAAUAAUAUGCACAAUAUGCACAGUGUUGUUAACGAGUUGACAUACCAUCGUAAGGAUGUCAAAAUACACAUUCAUAUGUUACACAGCUGUUUAUACGAUAAUACCAUCCAUAAACUUAAACAUAACGAUACAGAUAUUAAUAUCUUUUUAUCCUCAAAUAUAGCAGAAAGUUCUAUUACCAUUCCAAAUGUUAGAUUAGUUAUUGAUUUUUGUAUUCAAAAGAAUAUCGAAUAUAACGAUAAGAAAAAAGCACAUAUAUUAGUAAAAAAAUGGAUUAACAAAUCAUCUAUGGAACAAAGGAAAGGAAGGUGUGGUCGAACCUGUCAUGGGAUCUGUAUUAGAAUGAUUAGUAAGAAUUUUUUGAAUCUUUUAAGAGAUCAUAAAAUAUCCGAAAUAUAUACACAUAGUUUACAUUUAUUAUAUUUAUAUAUAUUAAAAAGCAUGUCUGUAUUAAACGGAUUAAUUAAUAAACGUAAUCAAGUUAUUCAUUGUCAGAAUACAAAUGUAGAUAAUGUAAAAGAAGUAAAAGAUCAAAAGAAUGGAAUUUCACAAAACAUAUCACAUUCAUAUGCAGAAAACAAAAAAUUAACUAUAUAUGAUGUGUUAAGUAUGAUUAUCGAAAAACCAUCUAGAGAAAAAAUUAAAAGUACACGUUAUGAAUUGGAAAAGGUUAAAGCUGUGAUAAAAAUAAAAGACAAAUUAGUUAUAUCGAUUAUCGGGCAGAUAAUGAUUCGUUUUAAUUUAAGUAUAAAUUUGUGUAGACUUCUAUUAUAUGGUGUUUUGUUAGAUGUGACCUUUGAUACCAUAAUUCUUAUAGGUAUAUUAAAUACAAAUGAUAUAUUUCCAAACUUUAAUUUAUAUUCAUCAAAGAAUAUUUAUUCAUAUGCUGUAUCAUUAGAAAUAUGUUCUAAACAAAAAGCUUAUUUUGAUGGGAACACAUAUUCUGAACCUAUCAUGUUAAGAAACGUGUUCUUAGAAUGGUUAUGUGUAUAUUUAUUAUAUGUGCAAGGUUUAAAAAAGGAAAAUAAAUUCCAUAGAAAAGAAUUAAAGACAUAUUAUAUGAAUACAUGUUCUAUUAUGAAUAAGAGAAAUCAUGUUAAUUCCAAAAAACUUUUGUGUGUAAUAAAUAGUGUAGAUAAUUUAUGUAAAAAAAUGUUAAAAAUGUUGAAUAAAAAUAGUAACGCAUAUAAAUCAUGUGUAUAUUUAUUGUAUCUCUUACGAGGUGGUUCAGAUAUAAAUUAUAAUAUGGGAAAUAAUAGCAACAAUAAUAAUAAUAAUAAUAAUAGUGGUGAAAUAAUAAAUACAGAUGGUAUUACUCCUAAUAAUACACACAUGAACGAAAUUAAUGGUAUGAAUGUAUUUAAUGUAGUAACAAAGUAUUGUCUUUUUGAUUAUUCUAAUCAAAACAUAUAUCUAAAAUUUUUAUUUAGUUUAUCUUUUACACCUUUGUUUAUACAUGGAUCCCCAAAUUUGCCUUUAAGAGAUUUAAAUGAAGGAAAGAAGAAAAGUAAAAAAUUAAUGAAUGUAUUAAAUUUUAUGACAGAUAAUAAAUUAGAUGUAAAGAAUUGUAUAUAUUUUAGUGGUGUUUAUAUUCCAGAUAUAAAUAUUUUAAAAAGAGCAAUAUGUAUAAUGUGUCCAUAUUUAUCAUUCGAUAUAUAUGUGAGUAAAAAUAUUUAUUAUGUAUAUUUUCAUAAUAAUAAUUAUCAUAAUACUAUUCUUAAGGGUGAUGAUUUUAGUUAUUAUAAUAAAACCAUUUGUGACAAAGGCGAUGCUGAUAUGAGUGUUAAUUCUUAUCUUAAUCUUACUCAACAAGGACAUGAUACCGAUGGAAUCACAUCAUUUGGAGUAUCACCACUCAUGAACAAUAAUAAUAUGUAUGGUAAUAAUUAUAUUCAUAAUAAUGUGUAUUAUCCAUGUAAUGGAAUAAACAAUUAUUAUAAUAACAAUGUUGUGAAUUCACAAAAUAAUUAUAUGAUGAAAAUGAUUAUGUCAAAUUAUUAUUCUGAAUCAUUUUUAAAUUUAACGAGUGGGAAAAAUUAUCCAGAUAUUAUAGAAAAAAUAAGAAAUAAAUUAUUAUAUAAAUAUAAUAAUAAUGUUGAAAAAUCUAUUUUUAAUAAUUUUUAUAAUAAUAUCCUUAAUUUAAUACAACCUGUUAAUGCAAUAGUACCUGUGUAUUCAAAUAAAUAUGAUGAAAUAAAUAAUGCUUCUAUAUGUACCAAUAUUAUAAACAUGUUUUCGAAUGGAAAAUGGAUAUUUACCAUGCCAUUAUUUAAUCCUAAUAAAAGGAAAUGUGAAGUGAGUGAAUAUUUUAAUCAUAAAUAUGAACUGAAAAAACCAAAGCAUUUAUUUUUAGUAAAGUGGAUGUUUUUAAAUACAGAUAAUUAUAAAAUAAAAAAAAACAAACAAAAAGAACAUCUAGUGGAUACUAAUAAUGCUCUUGUAAAUAAUAAUUGUUUUGGUAAAAAUGUGAGCAAAAAUGAUAUGAAUAGGGAUAAUAUAAAUGAUUAUUCUUAUAAUGACCAGGAGGAUGAACAAUACAAUAAGGGUUAUUACUAUGAUGAUUAUGAUGAUGAUGAUGAUGAUAAUGAUGAUGAUAAUGAUGAUGAUGAUAAUAAUAAUAAUAAUAAUAAUAAUAAUAAUAAUAGUAAUAAUAAUAAUCAUUUAAGUAAUGUAAAAGUCGAGGGUGAUAAUAAUACUCAUCAGAAUAAUCAUGAUGGGUAUGAAGGUAAUGAUUCGAGUUCUAUGUGUAGUGAUAAUAAUAAAAAAUCGAAACAAAAAAAAAUGAAAUGUAAUUUAAAUUUCAGAUCAGUACUUGGAUUUUUAUCCAUAUGUCCAUUUAAUUUUGACACAAAAAGAAAUAUAUAUGAUAAUCAAACUGCUGAUAUAUAUGCUGUAUGUUCAAGUAUUGAUUAUAGUUAUACGAAUGAUACUUAUACAUGGGUAAAUUAUGUUACAGUGCUUCCAAAUAAAUAUUUCCUAACUUUUUUUUUAUCAUCAAUUCCUUAUCAUGAUAAUGUAAUUAUUCAAACAAGGACAAAUCUAUAUACGUCUGAUAUAUUAUCUAUAAAAAUAUUUGAUUCAAAAGAAAUUAUUUUAAAAAAUAUGAAAAAAAUGAAACAUAAAAAUAAAACAAAUACAACCAAUUAUUAUGAUACUAAUUCGACAAUCAAUAAUCCAAAUAUUACGAAGCAUGAUUUGUUGAGAGUAAAUUAUCUUCGUUAUGUCAUGUCCAAAUUAUUAUUAUCCUUAACUUUGUCUUUUAAUCGUCAGGAAAUUGAGCAAAACACGCAACCUCUUAAAUUAACUGAAAAGAGUAAAAGGAAAAGUGUGAUACUUAAUAAGGAUGGACCAAAUAACUACAACAGGGUUGAUGCAAAUGAUAAAAAUGGUAACAGUAAUGAUAAAAAUGUUAAUAGUAAUGAUAAAUAUAUUAACAGUAAUGAUAAAAAUAUUAAUAUCAAUGAGAAUGAUGUUAACCAAAAAGACAAUUUUGAUGAUGAAGAUGAAGAAUAUUUUAGUGACGAAGAUAUAAUGAGUGAUAUAGAAGAAAAUAAUAUUUUAAAGGAAAAUCUAUAUUUAAAACAAAUAGUUAUAAAUAUGAUUGAAGAAAAUAAUAUGGAUUAUAUAAAUUAUAAUAAAUAUAGUAUGGAUAAUAUGGACAUAGAUGAACAUUUUAAUUUACAAUAUUUAUAUGAGGAUGAACAUUUUAUAAAUCUAAAUGAAAAAUGGUAUAAUAACAAAGGAGAAAUUUUAAUGAAUACAUAUGAUUAUUUAUAUAACUCUUUAAAAAAUGAAAAUGAUUAUAAUCAAUAUAAUAAUAACAACAAUAAUAAUAAUAAUAACAGUUCUUAUAUGGUUAAAAAUAUAAAAGAAAAAGCUUUAAACUCCUUAGAAGCUGUUAAAAGUAGUUAUCUAAAUAAUAACUUUUCUGUACAAGUACAAAAUACAAUAAAUGCUUAUGAAAGAACUAAUUCUGAAGAUUUUCUCUUCUUUCAACCAAUAAACAUUUCUCCUAUUAAAGAAGCAAAUUAUAAGUUAAGGUCAAUGUAUUAUAAUGAGGUAGCACCUACCGUGGACAAAUUUAGGAGAACAAAUCGACAAGUGUAA